AUGGUUUCUAUAAGUAUAAGUCUGCAGUUAAUUAGUAUUUCAGUGGUUAUACUAAAUCGUCAGACAAUCCACGACUCAGUGUCCGACAGACAAUGGGACGACACCUAUGACUACAUAGUGAUUGGUGCCGGUGCUGCCGGCUCUGUAGUGGCGUACAGGUUGGCCGAGGACUGUAGGACCAGAGUAUUACUGCUGGAAGCGGGUGGACCUCAAAGUGUUGAGACAGAUAUCCCCACAAACUCGAGAUCUCUGCUUAAUUCGGAUUAUAAUUGGAAUUUUCAUACCGUUCCUCAAACAUGGUUUACGCCGUAUAGAGUGCCAGAGCCAAGGGGUAGGGCUAUCGGCGGGUCGUCUACUAUUAAUAAUAUGAUUUACAACAGAGGCAACCGAAGGGACUUUGACUUAUGGGUCACAGAGUUUGGUGCCUAUGGUUGGAGUUAUGACGAGAUUUUGUAUUAUUUUAUUAAAUCCGAGAAUAACACCGAUUAUAAUAUAGUGUCCGCUAAUCCCGGUUAUCACGGAACCAAUGGGAGGGUCAAGAUAUCCUUGAAUCCAAGUCCCGCUCCCAUUCUCCUCAUACACAACAGAGUCCUCAAUGAGUUGGGUCUCCCGGACACCGAUAUUAAUGGCCCGCAACAGUUGGGCACUACAAUCGCCCAGUCGUUCAUUUACGAGGGCAUCCGCUCCAGUACUGGCAACUCAUACCUCGAGCCCAACCCAUUCCCCAAAAAUCUACAUAUUUUAACCCAUGCUUUUGUCACGAAAAUCCUAUUCAAUACUAUUAACAAUAAAUUAACGGCAACUGGCGUUGAAUUCGCCAAAAAUGGUUAUGUGUAUCAUGUAAUGGCCAACAUAGAGGUUAUCUUGAGCGCCGGUGCAUUCAAUUCGCCGCAAAUAUUAAUGUUGUCAGGAAUUGGACCAAAAGACCAUUUAACACAACUAGGAAUACCUGUGUUGGUAGACCUGCCUGUAGGUAACAACCUCCAGGACCACCCGACCACUUCAAUCCACACCACACUUAAUGACGAACGAUUAGCAGCUCCGGGACCUCUACUAAAUGUGCAACAAUUAUACGAGGAGUUAGUGGAGAAGACUGGCCCCCUAUCGGUGCUGACGAGCUCUAUAUUCUUCUACACCACACAUAGUAUUAAAGACAAAGAAUGGCCAAACACCUACAUGUACUCCAUUGCAGAAUACGUGAGUAAUCUAAACAAUACGGUGGCGGAAAUGCCAGCGCAUAGGGAUGUCUGGAUGGAGUACUUCCGGCCUUAUUUGAAUCGACACCUAUUGCUCACAUCACCACAUCUGUCGCGCAUCAGGAGUUACGGCACAUUACGUCUGGCAUCGAGUGACCCAUUC